CCGUUUUUGGAUCACUUGGUCCUGUAAAGAUGAAGUUAAAGGAGGGGGAGUAUUACAGAUGGCGAGUUCUUGCCUUCUUCUUCCUCGUAGUGGGCAUGGAUAGUACCGUAACCGCAGAGGAUCCCUACAGGUUCUUCGACUGGAACGUAACGUACGGCGACAUCUAUCCUCUCGGCGUUCGCCAGCAGGGGAUUCUGAUAAAUGGGCAAUUCCCAGGGCCAGACGUAUACUCGGUCACGAACGACAAUCUCAUCAUCAAUGUCCAUAACAGCUUGCCCGAGCCUUUUCUCUUGACAUGGAACGGAGUCCAGCAGAGGAAGAACUCGUACGAAGACGGAGUGCAGGGAACCACUUGCCCGAUCCCUCCCGGGAAGAACUUCACCUACAUCUUGCAAGUGAAAGACCAGAUCGGCAGCUUCUUUUAUUUCCCGUCCCUGGCCUUCCACAAGGCAGCCGGCGGUUUCGGAGGCAUCAGGAUCCUCAGCAGGCCAAUGAUCCCCGUCCCGUUCGAGGAGCCCGCCGGCGAUUACACCAUCCUCAUUGGAGAUUGGUACAAGGCUAGUCACACGAAAUUGAAGGCCAUUUUGGAUGGUGGCCAUAGGCUUUAUUUCCCAGAUGGAAUUCUCAUCAAUGGCCGUGGACCCAACGGUGCUUCCUUCACGGUUGAGCAAGGAAAGACGUAUAGGUUGCGAAUAUCGAACGUGGGGCUCCAGAACACGCUGAACUUCCGAAUCCAAGGGCACGAGAUGAAGCUGGUGGAGGUGGAGGGGACCCACACCGUGCAGGCCGCUUACUCCUCCCUCGACGUCCACGUCGGCCAGUCCUACUCCGUCCUCGUCACCGCCGACCAACCGGCUCGGGACUACUACAUCGCCGUCUCGACCCGGUUCACGACCAAGGUCCUCACCUCCACCGCCCUCCUCCGCUACGCCAACUCGGCCAGCCCCGUGUCCGGGCCCAUCCCCGGAGGGCCCACCACCCAAAUUGAUUGGUCCCUCAACCAAGCCCGCACCAUUAGGACUAAUCUGACGGCGAGCGGGCCGCGGCCGAACCCGCAAGGCUCUUACCACUAUGGACUGAUAAACAUCACUAGGACUAUCAAGCUGGUGAGCUCAGCUGCUCCGAUCAAUGGCAAGCAGAGAUAUGGAGUCAACGGCGUGUCUUUUGUCCCCGCCGACACGCCCCUCAAGCUGGCCGACUACUUCAACAUCAGCGGCGUCUUCAGGGUCGGAAGCAUCUCCGACCGUCCGACUGCCAAGAAUUUGUAUCUCGAUACGUCGGUGAUGGGGGCGGACUAUAGAGCCUUUGUCGAGGUCGUCUUUGAGAAUCAUGAGGACAUUGUCCAGAGUUGGCAUCUCAAUGGCUAUGCUUUCUGGGUUGUUGGAAUGGAUGGUGGACGAUGGACACCGGCGAGUCGUAAUGAAUACAAUCUCCGGGACGCGAUUUCUCGCUGCACCACACAGGUCUAUCCCAAAUCAUGGACAGCAAUCUACUUAGCGCUCGAUAACGUGGGAAUGUGGAACAUGAGGACGGAGUUCUGGGCACGGCAGUACCUUGGGCAACAAUUCUAUUUGCGAGUCUACACGCCGUCCAAGUCCGUGAGGGACGAGUACCCAAUUCCGAAGAACGCUCUUCUCUGUGGAAGGGCUCGCGGCAAAAGCACAAGGCCUCUAUGAACAGGAUGCUGCAUAGAGAUGCAGAACACAUAUCUAUUGGAAGUAAACAUAAAACAACCCUUACUUGGGUCCGAUUCUUUGUUUCGAAAGACUGAAUCUGUUUCGCAAGCACUCUACGAUCAAUUCCUGUUGCUUAACCAAUAAGCUAGACACAGACAAGUGGUGUAUUUCUUUACAGUUUUGAUACAGAAAUCAUCUUUCCUUCACUCGACAAUUCACGGACCGUUGGCGAUCUAAAGAUUUGCAUAAAUUAGAUUGAUGUGUGUAUGUUGAUUGCAGAAAUAAACUAGCCCGGCUGAAGAAGCCGUCCUUGAUA